AUGUCACUGCAGAGAAUCGUGCGUGUAUCCCUGGAGCAUCCCACCAGCGCCGUGUGUGUGGCUGGUAUGGAGAUCCUCGUGGACGUUUAUGGGUCGGUGCCUGAGGGCACGGAGAUGUUCGAGGUCUACGGGACUCCAGGUGUGGACAUCUAUAUCUCUCCCACCAUGGACAGGGGCCGGGAACGCGCUGACACCCGGCGGUGGCACUUUGAUGUGGGGACGGAGAUCAUCGUGGUCAUGAACUCCCCCAGCAAUGACCUCAACGACAGUCAUGUUCAGAUUUCCUACCACUCCAGCCAUGAGUCCUUGCCCCUGGCGUAUGCAGUGCUCUACCUCACUUGUGUUGACAUCACCCUGGAUUGCGACCUGAAUUGUGAGGACAGAGGGGACAGGAACUUUGUGGACAAGCAGCAGUGGGUCUGGGGGCCCAAUGGGCAUGGAGCUAUCCUACUGGUGAACUGUGACCGGGACGAUCCCAGCUGUGGCAAGUUGGACAACAGUGACCAACACGUGCGCUGCCUACAAGACCUGGAAGAUAUGUCCAUCAUGGUCCUGCGGACCCAGGGCCCUGCUGCCCUCUUCGAUGACCACAAACUUGUCCUUCACACCUCCAGCUAUGAUGCCCAGCGGGUGCACGUCUUCCAUGUCUGUGGUCCCGAGGACUCGUGUGAGGCCUACCUGCAUGUGCUAGGCCAGGACAAGGUGUCAUAUGAGGUGCCCCGCUUCCACGGAGACGAGGAGCGCUUCUUUGUGGAAGGCCUCUCCUUCCCCGACGCCGGCUUCUCUGGGCUCGUCUCCUUCCAUGUCACCCUGCUGGACAACUCCAAUGAGGAUUUCUCCGAGACCCCGAUCUUCACUGACACCGUGGUGUUCCGUGUGGCGCCCUGGAUCAUGACACCCAGCACCCUGCCGCCCCUGGAGGUGUAUGUGUGCCGCGUGAGGAACAACGCGUGUUUUGUGGACGCGGUGGCGAAGCUGGCUGAGAAGGCCGGUUGCAAGCUGACCAUCUGCCCGCAGGAUGAGAACCGCAAUGACCGCUGGAUCCAGGACGAGAUGGAGCUGGGCUAUGUUCAGGCACCACACAAGACCUUCCCGGUGGUCUUUGACUCCCCGAGGAAUGGGGAACUGCAGGACUUCCCUUACAAACGAAUUCUAGGUCCAGAUUUUGGCUACGUGACUCGGGAGCCACGAGACAAGUCUGUGAGUGGCCUGGACUCUUUUGGGAACCUGGAGGUCAGCCCCCCAGUGGUGGCAAAUGGAAAAGAGUACCCCUUGGGAAGGAUCCUCAUAGGGGGCAACCUGCCUGGGUCGAGAGGCCGCAGGGUCACCCAGGUGGUGCGGAACUUCCUCUACGCCCAGAGAGUGCAACCCCCAGUGGAGCUCUUUGUGGACUGGUUGGCCGUGGGCCACGUGGAUGAGUUUCUGAGCUUCGUCCCUGCCCCUGAUGGGAAGGGCUUCCGGCUGCUGCUGGCCAGCCCUAGCGCCUGUUUCAAACUCUUCCAGGAAAAGCAGAAGUGGGGGCAUGGCAGGGCCCUCCUGUUCGAAGGUGUUGUCGGCAAUGGGCGUGUCAAGACCAUGUCAAUCAACCAGGUCCUCUCCAAUGGAAACCUCAUCAGCUACAAUAAGUUUGUGCAGAGCUGCAUCGACUGGAAUCGUGAAGUGCUGAAGCGGGAGCUGGGCCUGGCCGACUGCGACAUCAUCGACAUCCCCCAGCUCUUCAAGACAGAGAGGAGAAAGGCGGUGGCCUUCUUCCCAGACUUGGUGAACAUGCUGGUGCUGGGGAAAUACCUGGGCAUCCCCAAGCCCUUUGGGCCCAUCAUCAAUGGCCGUUGCUGCCUGGAGGAGAAGGUGCGGUCCCUGCUGGAGCCACUGGGCCUGCACUGCACUUUCAUUGACGACUUCACCCCAUACCACAUGCUGCAUGGGGAGGUGCACUGUGGCACCAAUGUGCGCCGGCAGCCCUUCCCCUUCAAGUGGUGGAACAUGGUGCCCUGA